AUGGAUUUCUCUACUACGAUCCCCAUACCCAGUGCCACUCCCAAAGUCAAUCCCUUCGUAGCGUACCGACUGGAGCAAGGAGGUAGUUCCCCACCCGGCUUCUCGAAACUCUCACGCUCUCUCUCUCUCUCUCUCUCGUCUGACAUCACCGGCAAGCAGGCACAUCUCACAGCAGCAGCAGCAGCAACAGUAGCCAUUGAGACUCUCAAAGCCUCGCUCGCUGCUGCUGUUGGAAUCCAGCUCCCACCGCGGCCAGAUUCAGACACCAGAAGAUCAGACCAGGUACUCUCCGCGUCUCUUUUCUUCCCCUCUCAGCCGUCGCGGUCACGACGCUCACUCUCCGCAUCCGCAGCAGUCGAAGCAGCUCCACCAGUAGCUCGAGCGACACACGUGGCAGUCGAAGUUGCGGUGCCCGAUGAAGACGUUCGUCCAGCCCUGGUAAUGGCCGCAUUGCUCGGGGGAGCUGGUGCUGCCGUUUUCAAGGCGCUCCCUGAACUCGGCGCAGAUUGCGUAGCCUCGGAUCUGGUGAGAACAGGAAUGCGUGAAGUGGCCCCUCUUGCACAUCUUUGCCGAUUCGCUGCUGCUGGUGGUGGUGGUGGUGGUGGUCGUCGUCGUCGUCGUCGUGUGGUCUCCUCGGUGCUUUCGGGCUGA